AUGAAGGACCAGUCUCGGUCACGGCCACCGAUGGAGGAGCGGUCUCGGACUCAGUCACCGAUGAAGCAGCGGUCUCGGUCCCAGUCACCGAUGAAGGAGCGGUCUCGGUCUCGGUCACCGAUGAAGCAGCAGUCUCGGUCCCAGUCACCGAUGAAGGAGCAGUCUCUGACACAGCCACCGAUGGAGGAGCGAUUUCGGUCUCGGUCACCGAUGAAGAAGCGGUCUCGGCCCCAGUUACCGAUGAAGGAGAAGUCUCGGUCCCAGUCAACGAUGAAGGAGCAGUCUCGGUCACGGCCACCGAUGGAGGAGCGGUCUCGGUCUCGGUCACCAAUGGAGAGGGAGUCUCGGUCACGGUCACCGAUGGAGGAGCGGUCUCAGUCUCAGUCACCGAUGAAGCAGCGGUCUCGGUCCCAGUCACCGAUGAAGGAGCAGUCUCGGUCACGGUCACCGGUGGAGGAGCGGUCUCGGUCUCAGUCACCGAUGGAGGAGCGGUCUCGGACUCAGUCACCGAUGAAGCAGCGGUCUCGGUCUCGGUCACCAAUGAAGCAGCGGUCUCGGUCCCAGUCACCGAUGAAGGAGCAGUCUCGGUCACGGCCACCGAUGGAGGAGCAGUCUCGGUCCCGGUCACCGAUGGAGGAGCAGUCCCAGUUACAGAUGGAGGAGCCUCAGUCCUGGACACAGAUGGAGAGGGGGUUUCGGUCACGGUCUUCGAUGAAGAGGGAGUCUCGGUCCUGGUUACCGGCGAAGAAGCGAUCUCGGUCCCGGUCACCGACGAAGGAACAGUUUCAGUCCCGGCCACCGAUGGAGAAGCAGUCUUGGUCCUGGUCACCGAUGGAGAGCAGUUUCGGUUCCGGUCACCGAUGA